AUGAUCGCUAUUCACGGCUUAUGGCCUACUAUGGUUCGACGCAUUGUUCAAGGAGAUGUGCUUGACAUAUCCUUUUCCAAACGGUCUAUAGAGGCCCUGGUAUCUCGUGCCGAGAAGCCUGGCGAGGGGACAUUCAAUGCCUUCAGCGUUGUUGAAGGUAUCCAGGUCGCCAUAGCCGCCUUGCUUUUCCUUGCAUUUUCGUAUGUUCUGGGAGAUGUCUUCCUGGUAUUGGCUUCCGUCGAAACUGAUGCUCCUGCAUCUUAUACUCAAGUACCCGGGGAGAUAAUAGAUGAAGAAACUGAGGGUCCUAAAUACCCUGGCAUGUCAGCACGGCCAAUCACAUCUAGUCUUCGUUCUACUUGUCAUCGUCUGCUCUCUAUCGAUGGCAAGAAGUCCCUUUUUCGAGGGCUUUCCUGCUUCGUAGCCUACCGUCUUGCUGACUAUCCGAUUACAUUUCUUCUCGGCCUGAUCCCAUUUAUGCCCAAGAUAGCUUCUGCUUGCAUCGCGUCACUACUCACUAUGCAGCUCCGCGCGGCAUGGACGCACAUUGUUAUUUCGGAGCCCAGCGCGAAGCCAUUUUGGCGUCGUCUACCGCGAUUUAAUCUUGUGCUUCGCGCUACUGCUAUCCCCACUGUGAUUCUCGGUAGCAUUACAGGAUUCGAGCAGGUGGUAGUUGGAUCGAUAGUAACUAGCAUAGUUGGCCUUACACCGAUCGGUAUCUUGCUACUCUUGAUUUUCCACACAGUAUAUACAUUCGUCGCUAUUAUCCCGGCCAAGGUUGUCCUAGCUCGCGUACAAGCUUCCCUUCUCCCCGAGGAAGAUCGACCGAUUAUCUUGUUGGACCCGGUGUUCGAUCAACAGAAAGCCGAGGGCAAGGAGUAUAUCUCUACGCAUGAGGCAUCACAAUCCGUGUCACGCGCUACGCGUAAUAGAUUGUGUAUGUUGUAUGUCAAGUUCUAUGGGCUUUCUUUUCUAGCGUUUAAUCUUGUAGGGGUUGUUGGGUAUUUGGAAACUAUUAUCGCCCGUAAAUUUAAAGCAGCUUAG